AUGUCUGGGAAAGACAUCAGGGUACCGUCAGUACCGCAAGGACAUACAACAGCACGCACGAAGCCACGUCCACCGCCGCCGCCCUUCCUCCUUCCUCUUCAUAUCACACUCUACGUGUGUGUCAUCUCAAAUGGAAUCGCUGCGUUUCUCGCUCCGAUACAGGACUGCGAUGAGAUCUUCAACUUCUGGGAACCCGCUCACUACCUGAACCAUGGGUACGGGCUUCAGACUUGGGAGUACUCGCCGGUGUAUUCGAUACGCAGCUGGCUGUAUAUCUCCUUCCACAGCCUCAUUGGGAAAGCCGCCUCGUUCGCGCUCGCAAAGAAAUCUUCGGAAUUCUACUUUAUUCGGUUCUUCCUUGCAAUGGUGUGUGCGGCUUGUGAAACCAAGUUAUAUUCCGCCAUUUGUCGAAACUUGAAUCCGAGAAUUGGCCUGUUCUUCAUCAUGGUCGUUGCAUUCAGCCCUGGCAUGUUUCACGCUUCAGCAGCGUUUCUUCCGUCUAGCUUCACAAUGUAUACGUCAAUGUUGGGCCUAUCGGCUUUUCUGGACUGGAGAAAAAGUCAAAAGACCGCACAGGGAAUCAUGUGGUUUGGUCUUGGGGCGAUUGUCGGAUGGCCUUUUGCUGGAGCUCUAUUGCUUCCCCUUUUGCUCGAGGAGGUGGCAAUAGGCUUCGUCUCAGCGAACCUGCGAAAAGUCUCUCUUGAGAUCCUCAAUGGAGGCCUCAGGUGCUUGGCGAUACUGAUCGCUGAAGUCGCUGUUGAUUAUGUAUUUCUUGGGAAGAUUACCGUCGUGCCGUGGAAUAUCGUGGCAUACAAUGUUUUCGGUGGAGAGGGUAGAGGGCCAGAGAUUUUCGGGACAGAGCCUUGGACGUUCUAUAUCAGAAAUCUGAUUCUGAACUUCAAUGUCUGGUUUAUCUUGGCGAUCUCUGCUGGUCCACUGGUGCUGCUCCAAGCUAUCUUGCGCUCCCAUACGACUAACAAUGAGACGCUGCUGAGAACUUUAACUCUUAUAUCGCCCUUCUACAUGUGGUUUGGGAUCUUCACCAUUCAACCACACAAGGAAGAACGAUUUAUGUACCCUGCAUACCCUUUCCUUGCCCUUAACGCGGCGAUCUCAUUUCACAUGGUCCUUUCUUAUAUCAGCUCGAGCAACCCGAAAGAGCUGAUUGGACGAGUUCCUGCCAAAUUGAAGCUCGCAGCUGUGAUGUCUGUGCUCUUACUUGCCAUCAACGGCGGCCUUCUGAGGACACUGGGUAUGGUCACCGCAUACAAUGCGCCAUUAAAGGUUCUGGAGCCGCUGGGACGGUUAGAGAUAGUUCAUCCAGGUGAUUCCGUUUGCUUUGGCAAGGAAUGGUACCGCUUCCCGUCGUCUUUCUUUCUACCCGGAGGGUUGCGAGCCAAAUUCAUUCGCAGUGAAUUUCGUGGUCUGCUCCCCGGAGAGUUUCUUGACGCUCCAAACUACUCGGCGCUGCUUGAAAGUACAUCGCGCAUACCGGAGGGUAUGAACGACCGCAACGAGGAGGACGAAGGGAAAUACACCGAUAUUUCCCAAUGCUCCUUCCUCGUCGACUCGUACUUUCCGGGUCGCGAAGCCACCCCGCUGGAGCCCCAUUACAUAGAGGAUGAGCCGCAAUGGGAUGUGGUAUCUUGUAAACCAUUCCUUGAUGCUUCUGAUACGAGUCUUUUAGGUCGACUCAUCUGGAUUCCUGAUCUGCCGAUGAUUCCCGAUCGUUUGCGCCGCAGAUGGGGUCAUCAUUGUCUACUUCGGCGGCAUACCACAGAAUCCGAGGCGGCGUAA